AGAAGAAAGAUCAAUAAGAGAAAUUAGAUCAAUAGGGGAAAAUAUCACUUUCUCCGAAGAGAAAAUGAAGGCAUGUGUGAUAUUAAUGUUGGUGAUUUGUGCCGCUGUGAUUGUGGAGCAAUCAGAGGCUAAAAAAGACAAGAUAUAUUUAAGUCCACACAUCUUUGACCCAUGCCAUGGUCCUAACCCUCCAGCGGGAUGUCAUCCUCCUCAUGAUGGACCUCCUGUCCCUGCCAACAAAUACACGCGUGGUUGCUUAAAAAUUCACCGAUGCCGAGGUGGAGGGUAAAUUUAACAUGAUAUUCCUUUGCAUUGAUCCAUUUUCUCUUAUAUGAUAUAUACCAAGUAUAACUGAUAUACAUAUUUGCAUAAGUACAUGUAUAUGAGAACUUAUAUAUGUUUAUUUAUAAAUUUAUUCUUUUAAAUUCA